CAAGGCAGUGGAGGGUUAAAGUGAGAGAGCCUACAUUGUUAUCCCGCUGCUGGACGUCACUAAACCUACUGUUAACGCUUCAUGAACGCAUUAUGUUUUUGUUAAGAUGUGACUCCAGCAGCACAUCUCUGUGAUGACUGAAAGAGAGCACAUGUAACGUGCGGUUAGCUUGGGUGACGUGAAGACACAAGGGCAUCGUUCUUAAUCUUCGGAUGAGAGUUUGUGUGUUGCGUCUGUGGAGCGGCACGGCGGAAGAACAAGUCCAGCCAGCUUCGGGUAGCUUCACGGCAGCGGAGGCGACAAACACCCAGCUAACAAGAUGAAAUUCACAGAACACCUAUCGGCUCACAUCACACCUGAGUGGAGAAAACAGUACAUCCAGUAUGAGAAUAACCCAACAUAGGAAAACGAAGCAGGAUGGCUCGGCCCAGCCCAGAUGCUUCAGCAGAACAAUUGAUCAGAUGACUUCAUUGUUUAACCAACACAAAGAAACCUGAGAAUGCAGGUCUGAUCAAGACAAACAAAAAGAAAAAUCCUGGCAUGAAAUGUGCUUUCAAGGAGAUGCUGUAUGCUGCUCAGGACCAAGCACCAUCUGUGGAAGUCACAGACGAGGACACGGUUAAGAGGUACUACGCCAAGUUUGAGGAGAGGUUUUUCCAGACGUGUGAAAAGGAGCUGGCCAAAAUCAACACCUUUUAUUCUGAGAAGCUGGCCGAGGCGCAGCGUCGAUUUGCCACCCUUCAGAAUGAGCUACAGUCGUCGCUGGACGCCCAGAGGGAGAGCUCGGCCAGUGGGCUCGGCCUCAGGAGGAGGAAGACUGUUUUUGCCCUUUCACAGAAGGAGAGAUGCAAACACAGAAACAUAAAGGACUUGCAGUUGGCCUUCUCAGAGUUCUACCUCAGCCUAAUUCUGCUUCAGAACUACCAGAACCUGAACUUCACAGGUUUCAGGAAGAUCCUGAAGAAGCAUGAUAAGAUUUUGGAAACGUCGAGGGGGGCCGACUGGAGGGUGGCCCACGUUGAAGUGGCUCCGUUUUAUACAUGCAAGAAGAUCACACAGAUCAUCUCUGAGACCGAGACUCUGGUCACGACAGAGCUGGAAGGAGGUGACAGGCAGAAGGCCAUGAAGAGGCUGAGGGUUCCUCCUCUUGGAGCAGCACAACCUGCUCCUGCUUGGACCACCUUCAGAGUUGGACUUUACUGUGGAGUGUUCCUGGUCCUACUAGUCACAGUGGUUAUUUCUGGAGCUGUGAUGAUUCGUAAUGACAAUAUCUGGCCUAUGGUCAGGAUCUACAGAGGAGGCUUCUUGAUUAUAGAAUUCCUCUUCCUGUUAGGGAUCAAUACAUACGGCUGGAGGCAGGCUGGAGUCAAUCAUGUACUCAUAUUUGAGCUCAAUCCCAGAAAUAAUCUAUCCCAUCAGCAUUUGUUUGAGAUUGCAGGCCUGCUGGGUGUGUUGUGGUGUGUCAGCCUGCUGUCCUGCCUGUUCCGUGACAACAUCCUGGUUCCGAUGCAGGCCAACCCUCUGGCCCUUUAUGGCUUCUUCCUCUUGUUUCUCAUCAACCCCUUCAAGACCUGUUACUACAAGUCACGCUUCUGGCUGCUCAAACUCCUGUUUCGUGUUGUGACCGCUCCAUUCCACCAUGUUGGAUUUGCAGACUUCUGGCUGGCUGACCAGCUCAACUCUCUGGUGGUGGUUCUGAUGGAUCUAGAGUACAUGAUCUGCUUCUACAGUUCAGAGUUGGACUGGACGGAGCACAGUGGACUUGUCCUGAACAUCAGAGAUAAAAGCCAGUGUAACACAUACUCCUACGGCGUCCGCGCAGUCAUCAAGUGUCUUCCUGCGUGGUUCCGAUUCGCCCAGUGUCUGCGACGUUAUCGCGACACUAAACGGGCCUUUCCUCACCUGGUUAAUGCUGGGAAGUACUCCACAUCCUUCUUUGUUGUCACCUUUUCUGCACUGUACAGCACACACAAAGAGAUCCACCCGGAGUCCCAAGUCUACUUUUAUUUGUACAUCAGCUGUUUGAUAAUCAGCUCAUGCUAUACACUGAUCUGGGAUCUGAAGAUGGACUGGGGCCUGUUUGAUCGUAAUGCAGGAGAAAACACCUUCCUGAGGGAGGAGAUUGUCUAUCCACAGAAGGCGUACUAUUACUGCGCCAUAGUGGAGGACGUGUUCUUACGCUUUGCCUGGAUUUUAACCAUAACCCUCACCACUCUCACUAAUUUCCAAGGCGUGUCAGACAUAUUGGCUACAGUUCUGGCUCCACUGGAGGUGUUCAGGCGUUUUGUGUGGAACUUCUUCCGUCUGGAGAACGAGCAUCUGAACAACUGUGGUGAGUUCAGGGCCGUUCGCGACAUCAGUGUGGCUCCGCUUAAUGCCGACGACCAGACCCUGCUGGAGCAGAUGAUGGACCAGGAGGAUGGAGUGAGAAACCGACAGGGAAAGAAGUCCUGGAAGAGGAGCUACAGUAUGAGUCUGCGUAGACCACGAUUGGCCUCACAGUCAAAGACACGUGACACCAAGGUUCUGAUUGAGGACACCGACGAUGAUUCCUGACAUCAGGCCACGCCCCUCGCCUGGGUCCAGAAUUUAUUCAAAGGAGGAAACUCUGGCCCCUAAACAAGAGAUCACCCAGCGAGUGGGCGUUGAACUACCAACCAAAAACAACUGAUGACUUUGUCGUUUUAUUUUAUUUUAUUCCUUCAAUGCACGAGCCGCUGCGUCCAUCCCGACGGAUUCUCACCUUUUAAACGGCGGGAGCCUCUCGGUGGCGGUUCUGCCUGCAGCGGUGGAUGAAAGCCUCUCUGCUCCUCCACAGACCCGGCCGCCAUCAGAGCGCGAAACAAGACGAGACGUUCCCGAGCCUUUUCAGUGCCAGAACUCUCACACUGGAGUUCCUCAUCAUUCCCACCCGCCCAGCAUCCCAACAGUGGAAAAGAGACAAAUAAGAAUCAGGAAAUUGGAACAUCCGUGUUUCAUUUAACAAACUAUGAACCAGUUUUCACAGCUCACGUUUCCCCUCUCCUCCUGUUGCUCUCCAUCGUGGAGACGGCAGGCUAAAAACAUCUGGCAAAGCCAGCCAAUCAUCACCCCCACCCCUCGGCCAAUGCAUCACAGAGCUGCCUUUUUACACCCUACAUACGCUCAAAACACGCAAAACACACUUUGUAGGAAAAGUUGAUUGGAAUUGCUGCUGUGUAAACACACACACACACAUUUGUUUUAUGGGUUCUGUAAGACUUUAAUCGUUUUCUCCUACAGGUGUAAAGAUACAUAAACUGUUUGUAAAUAAUCAAAACAAACUGAAUUGGUCCAAAAAGCAGCAACGCUGAGAGUUUGGUGCAGCAUCUGGAAUGACUGUUCACGCGUGGAGCUCAGGUGGAACUGCUGCUUCGCUGUCACUCCCUCACCCUGCGGGACAGAUGGGCACAUCUGGGAGACGUGCGGCUGAAUGGGAGGGAUGUGGGUCAGGAUACAUCCCCUCCAAGGACAGACGCGUUCAGCAGGAAGGAGACUUCUUGUUCUGUGGAUCCUGAUGUCGGAGUUGAUGGUGAUGAAUGGAGGAGGUCACCCGUCUGCCCCCCGGCGGUUAAAGUCUGAGGAGUCUGACUCUGUUCAGGAAACAGAAUCAGACUUAAGGAUCAUCCCUCAGUGGUCGUCAGCUUUAUUCAGACUCAUCCCGGUACCUGAAGCUCGCGGGGUCACCGUUUUGUAAUCUAAUUAUUUUCCUUCUCUUUGAUUGGUUCAGAGGUUUUGUUGUUGUUUAUUUACCAGCUUUAAUCUGUGGACCGACAGCAUGUUUGAUCCGAGGCCCGGCUUCGGUUCUGUUGGCUCAGGUUGUUGUUUGUGAGUCUACAGUGAGCACCAGUCUGGUUUUACUGUUAUUUAUUACAGACGGGUGUGAUGGUAAACACUGGUCUUAAAGGAGCUCUGCAGACGUCUUAACGUUUUAGUUUUUGGUUGUGUUUGAUGGAUCGUCGGUCGGCUUUUGGAGGAUCCUGCACUGAUUGUUCUGGACUCUUGGAGCCGCGGUUCCGGUCCUUGUUUCUUCUCUUCGAUGCUCAGACUCACAGAAACGCUUCAAACCUCCGACCCAGUCCCGUUUCUCUUGUUUUUCACUUAAACACUUACUUUAAACCUGAAAGUCCUCAGAUUCUCUCCUUCAUUUUGAUUGUUUUUAUUAUUUUUAACAUUACUGAUCUAAAUUUUGAGCUUAUUGUUACGUCACAUGUCCUGUUGGUUAAAAUCCAGGAAAUCAGGCGAAAUGUUUUCCUGAAGAAGAGCUCAGGUAUGAUGUGAUGCAGUCGUCAUGCGAGCUGAGGCAGAAGAUGAAGGAUUAGAUGUUUUCUAGAGCCAUCAGCUGUUUGAGGCUCUAAUGUCCUUUAAGGUGGAUUUAAUGAGAACUUGUGAUUUGUUUCCUCUUUGAUAAAAACAGGUGUGUGUGUGUUGGUGUCGUGCAGCUAGUUGGUUCUGUAGGAGGGUGGUCGCCAGUGUGCAGGAAGUUUAAGGUAAUAACUUAUGUAUUUAUUUAAAUAGGAGCUAUAGACCAAAAGAAGUCACGCGUGAAACGUUGACGUUUUAAAGCGAAAGCCUUUAGAUCUGGUGUCGGGUCUAAGAGAACGUUGCACCGUUCCUGCUAGAGGAGUAAAAACCGCGUGUGAGGGUUUGUGGCGGGAAUCGGGACGAAGCAUUCUGAAGGCACAGUUAGUCUGAUGACCCACGGGGUCAAAGGUCAGGGCCUUCUCAAACCUCCAUCCAAAGGAGCCUGUCUGGACCGUUUUAGUCAGCAUCCUCAGGUUUCAUGUUGAUUAUGAAAAAGCCAUUUUUGCAUUAGGAGCAAUAUUCAUCUCCGAUUGUAACGUGGGCAUCAGAUGUGGGACGUGUGUGAACUCAGGACAGCGUGACCAAAUGUGCACCUUAGUCUGCUGAGAAACAUGCUGCCUGUCAGCUGCUCAUCCCUUUUGAGUGUGUACGUGUGUGUGAUGAGGAUGUUUGUCUCGGCGAGUUCGCGCUAGUAAAGGUCGGGACAGUCACGACAUUCCACGUGACAGCGGAGAGCGCCCAGGUGAAGACGGGGCAGACGGGUGAAAUCCUUCAGGUGUCCAGAACCACCACGCACAGCUGGGAUGAGUCUGGCCGCAUCAGACUCCCCUCCUCUUCGUAAUAAAACACGCUUGUGACACGCAGGAGAUUGUGUCUGGUUCUGAGACCCGGUGGAACCAAAUGGACCAAACCAGAGACGGAUGAAGCGUCCCCUCGGCAGAUUUGGACCAACGUAACUGAACUUAAAUUCACGAGCCAGACGUUUUCGUUUAAAGGGACUUUUGAUGAUCACUGGCUUGUAAUAAUCAGCAUUUCUGUAUUCAUGUUUAAUAAAAACGAUGUGAAGCAGAUCCAGUUUUACAUCUCAGAGGUGAGGAAGGAGAACUGAUGACGCUUAAAUUUUAUGUUUGCAAACUCCUAAACUAACCCAGAUAACAGUUGGCCUUCCCCGGUUAUCCACCUGCUCUCGGCGCCAAAGCUACAGAGUUCUGAUCCAGCGGCAGCCUCGCCAGGAACUCCUGAUUCUACGUAUCUACGGUCAACAUUGGUGACUCAAGCGGACCAACAGCAUUAUGUAACCAGUGACUGUGCUAUGGUUGUUGUCUUGUAUGUACGGCAGCAGUGUGAUGCUACACCGGUGCCUGGCUCAUCGACCCGUUUAGGGUUUGUAGUAAAAGAAAUUCUGUUUCUAAA